CUCUCUCUCUCUCUCUCUCUCUCUCUCUCUCUUUCUUUCUCUGUCUCUUGUGGCGAUCUCACCGCACUUCUCCCCUCUGAAUGACAACAAAACUCCACUCUUUGUCCUCCAAUUCAACCAUUUCUUCACUCACUUCCUCAUACCCUUUUCAUCUUUUCCUGUAAUUUAUUUUUCUUUGUUAAAUUCUUAACAAAUAAAACCCUUUUAAAUCUGCUUUUUAUAACGAUAAUUAAUUAUGUCAUCCUCAAAUCCUCGAACUGUGGAAGAGAUCUUCAAGGAUUUUAGCGCUCGUCGUGCUGCUAUUGUUCGUGCUCUUACUUCUGAUGUUGACGAAUUCUAUGGACUUUGCGAUCCGGAGAAGGAGAACUUGUGCUUGUAUGGGCAUCCGAAUGAAUCGUGGGAAGUUAAUCUCCCUGCAGAAGAAGUACCACCUGAGCUUCCCGAGCCAGCUCUUGGGAUCAACUUUGCACGGGAUGGAAUGAACAGGAGAGAUUGGCUUUCUUUAGUUGCUGUGCACAGUGAUUGUUGGUUGUUAUCUGUGGGUUUCUAUUUUGGUGCACGUCUUAACCGCAAUGAGAGGAAGCGUCUAUUCAGUAUGAUAAACGAACUGCCAACUGUCUUUGAAGUUGUGACAGAAAAGAAGCCUGUUAAGGACAAGCCUAGUGUGGAUAGUGGUAGCAAAUCCCGAGGAAGCACCAAGAGAGCAAGUGAUGGGCAGAUCAAGAGCACUCCCAAGCUGGCAGCUGAUGAGGGCUUUGAGGAUGAUGAAGAUGAGCAGGGUGAGACACUGUGUGGCAGCUGUGGUGGUAAUUACAGCGCAGAUGAAUUUUGGAUUUGCUGUGAUAUUUGCGAAAGGUGGUUCCAUGGCAAGUGCGUGAAGAUAACUCCGGCCAAGGCCGAAAACAUUAAGCAGUACAAAUGCCCAUCUUGCAGCUUGAAGAAGACAGGCCGUAGUCACUGAUGCUGGUACAAGGAAGAUCAGAAGAAUUUUUACCUGGGUGGCUGACAUAGUAUAGCAGAUACUAAAACUAUCUUUAAAGUAUGAAAUUUGUAGUUAAAUUUGUUGCCAGCUGAUGUUUGUUUAUACAGCACCCGCAUUUUAAUGUGAUCCAAGAGUUCUUUAUCUGUCUGGGAGUCUUGUAUUUUCUUGUAUCGGAUAGUCUGGUUUAUGAUAAAUGUAUUCGUAUUAGUAGCGAUAGGCAAUAGCCAAUCACAACUUGAUGUUAUCAGUAACACAUAGGUUGAUUGUCUUAAAAUUUCAAGUAUUCAGCAAUCAUUAUACAUCGAAAGCUGAAUUUAUUAAACUUAGCCCCAAAAGUUUCUCA